UAUGAGAGACUCCGGAACAGACUACCCUGUCAGUAUAGUUUGUAUAAAUUAAAUCAAUUAAUGUUGAAGAGGAUUCCGUUAUGCGAGUAGGUUCAGUUAUAAGCUGUUGAAGCCCAAAUAAAUCAGAAAUUUCACAUAAGCGUCGAGUAUUUAAAUCAUAUUGUGCAGAGGCCAGGUUACAGUUUAAAUCACCUAGCAGAUAAUAUUCUAGGCCGAGGGAAUCUAAUUUCUCAAGAAAUGAUUCGUAAGGUAAAAAUAAAUCAAUUGAGGAGCAAGGAGGUCUGUACCAAGUGGCUAUCAGAAAUGGCCUGGAGUUUGGUUUCCGAAUCUCUAUACAUAAAUUUUCAAGACUGGGUGCAUUCAAAUCAGAGCGAACUCCAAAAUUAAUCGAGGUUUUUAUAUAAAAACCUACUCCUCCUCCUUGUCUGUUUCUAUCACGACGAAUAAAUUCAUAGCCUGGUAUUUGGACCUCACAACUAUUGAUAGAGUCAUCAAGUUUAGUUUCAUUAAUUGAGAGAAUAUCAAUGGAGCGAUCGGCAAGGAGAAUUCUUAGUUCAUCAAUAUGCUUUGUAAGACUAUUAAUGUUUAAACCUGCAAUUUUAAAACCACGACCAGAAGGAAGAAAAUCAGAGAGAAUUGUACUUUCAAAUGAAUCAACGUUUUGAUUAGGAAUACCUGAUGAUACGUCACUCGGUUGAGAAGCUAGCGUGGGCGUCUCCUGUUGCGAGCUGGAGAGGGAAGGUUUCCCAGUUCCAUCAGAAGCUUUACCAGUUGUUGGAUAGCUGAGGACUGAAAACCCUUAAGAGACUGAUUAUACUUGCCAGAACCAGAUCUUAAAAACUUAAUAAAUUGCACGGCCAGCAAUGACGAACCUUUGGCAUUCAGAUGAAGUCUACUACCAUUUAAUGCUGAGGCGUCAAUAACCGAAUUAUCAAUAUAAGUAAAGUUAUUAUCUACUGCUGUGAGCUUGACCCUCUCAUUAACUUCAAUGCGUUUAGCAUCGACGUUGAUAUCUUCUCUGUAGACUAUACCCGAGAGACCAAUGCUUGAGUUAGGAAACUUGCUCUUCACCUUCAAUACAAGGCUCUUGAUAUCGGCGACACAUGAAUCGGCAGACUCCGACGGAAGAUUGUUGGUGCCAGUAUGGAUGAUGACGUGAGAAGGAUCCGCGGAUGCAACAGCGAUGUUGUCAACAGCUUCAGCUAUUUCAGCAGUGGUUUUCCCGGGAUAUGAGAAUUUAUGUACAUGUCUUUGCGAAAGCUUUUUUGGAUCAAUGUGUUUUAUCAUUGAGUCACCAAUAAGCACUAUGGGUCUUGUCUUUCCGACUUCACCGCUUUUGGAGUUAUUUGCACUAACUCGAGAGGUAUUUGCGUGCGCUCCAGACUGAUGCAGUGGCAUCUCAGAGGAUACUUGACUCGAAGGAGAAGAGACAAGUAAGGCCUGAUAGCGGUUAUGACUAGUUGGAAUUGAAUCAAAUGCCCGGCUCGCUUCAGAUGAAUCAACAUGUGAAUGUUGCUGUUGCUGUUGUUGGCGACUUUCUUCGUUAUUUGCAGUAUAGUUGUCCUCAUUUCUCACUUGGAAUUGUACCUCACUUCUAAGGGGCUCAAAUCUGUUCUGAGUUACUAUAUUGCAGGCCGCCAACGGCCGUUGGAUAUGUUUAUCAUUCACACUUUUCCCAAGUGUGCCCACUUGGGACCAACAAUCACAUAUCUUUUGUUGGCGGCAUUCGCCCUCGCUUCUUUCUUGCAUAAUGAUCUUCAUUGCCAGCUUAAGAGAAUCAUUUUCUUGUUGCAAGGACAAAACUUGGCUCUCAUAGGAAAAACACUUUUCCUCCAACACCUCAAUUUCAUUAUCUUUUUUAGAUAAUGUCGAUAACACCUUCUCAUACCUCUCUUUGUAAUCGAGGAGCUCGGCGCUAAAAGCGGUUUCUUGUAAUUUGCAUUUCGUCGACAGAAGGCUUGUAUUUGCUUCAACCUUUUUCUGAAGAAUUAGUAAAUCCAGUUUUAAGCCCUCAAUAUCAGCACUGAUAACCGAGUUCGAUCGCUCUUGAAUACUGUUCUCAAGUUCGGCGUCGGCGGCCGAAGCUAGUCGAUUACUGCAGAUGCCAUUGGCUUCUUGCGAAGGCGGAAUUUCUUGCUCGGUUGUUGAAGCAUACGAGACAGGCGUAUCAGCUUCUGUUCCCUGUUUAUUUUGAAUAAACUUGACCAACUUGUCCUUUAAGGAGGGACCAUCUCGACCUUGGAAACAAAGGGUUAGCUGUUUCUUAUUAUACCAGUUGAUGACAAGAUUAUUGUUAGAACUUUUGAAUUGCUUUACGUUUCCUCCGGGCGACGACCACUUUCCUUGUAGUUUCAAGCCAGUGGACAAUGCCCCUGCUUUUUUACAAUUACGAGACAAGUACAAACAAGAAUUGGUGGAAGAUACCCGCUUGACCAAAGCCGCGGAUUUGGCGACCAAACAACAUGUGCUCUUGGCCAGUGAUGCC